AUGCCACGAGCAAGGAAGGGAGCUCUGGUGAAGUGCGAUCCAUCUAUCAAAGCGCUUAUUGUGCAAAUAGAUACCAACAAGAACGAUAUCAUCCUAGAGGAGCUUGACGACACCCACUUACUGAUUGAUCCAAGUAAAGUAGACUUUGUCAAAGCCGAGCUCAACAGGCUGAUGUCCCAGAACAUAUACGAUGCGCUGGACGAAGAAGAAGAAACAUGA